AUGCCUCCAAGUUGCUGGCCAUUUCGAAAACCUAAUCCCUCUUCCAAGAGGCGAUUGGAAUCGCUUAUCACUUGUUUCGACUCAACUUGGCCCGCACCGGCUUUCGAACCCGUCGCCAAGAGGAGGAUGACUGUCCUGUAUCAGGCUUCCAGCGAUGACACCGGGGGUCGCAAAAGCAAGUACUUCGUCGACCUUAUCUUUUCUAACACUAACAUUGAUACAGAAAUCUUCAGGCCAAGACCAUUCCGCAGGAUUUUCCACAGACGAGCUUUCAAAAAGGCAACAGUCAUCGAUGUGGUGAUGACUGAUGCAAAGCCCAUUGGCUCAGAAGCCUUUGCUGCCAGAAAAGACAAGGGAAAGGCAAAGAAGAAGAGCAUCUGGGACACUGUGAUGGAGCAGGAGGUUAUUGAUGUGAAGAUGACUGACGCUGAGGCCUCUGGCUCAGAUGUCUGGCGCGGAACACGGAUGAGACGGUGGAGGCAGAAGAACAUCAACUGGGUGACAGCUUUUGAGCGGGGGACUGUCGACGUGGAGAUGACUGAUGCGGACUUUGAUGGUUCAAAAGGUUUUACUAGAAAUGAGAAGGGAAAAGGCAGGGCCAGGGCAUUCAGUGAGCAGAUUACCUUCCAGCAAGAGUUCAUCGACACGGAGAUGACUGACGCAGAGGCCUUCGACUCCGGCUCUGCAUUCACCAACUUCGCCGCCUUGAAAGAUGCUCUCAAUGAAAUAGACAACGACAAAGAGAUGGUGGAUGUAGAGCGGGUUAUUUGGGAGGAAUCGUGGGGUUGCUCUGUGUACAUGUGUAGCUACUUUAGAAGAUAG